AUUGCACGAAAUUCAAAGAUAAUAAAAAUCACACACAGAGGCGCUCAAACAAUGAACAUGGUAUACUUAAUUGUACAUCGUUGAAGUUGCCUGACAGCGGUGUACACUGUACACACCGACGGAUGAGUGAAAGUUUUGAACAGCAGUAGUCAGGAGGAAAUGAGCAAGAAUUUGGUGCAGUAUAUAAUAAUGCGGGGGGACCUAGCAAAGUCUUCCAAAUGGAAUGCUGGAGCACUUGUUGCACAAGCGUGUCAUGGUGUCUCAGCCGUUUUGCAUUUGUAUUACAAUGAUGAGAAUGUGCAGGAGUAUCUGUGUGAUGUUGACAGAAUGCAUAAAGUUGUCUUGGAGAUUAGUGACCUCAACAGCCUUAUGGAGCUUGAGACAAAACUGAAAAACAAAGGGAUUCAUCACAAGACAUGGAUAGAACAGCCAGAAAAUGAAGCUACAUGUCUUGUUGUCAAGCCUUACCCAAAAGAGGACGUAGCAGAAUUUUUUAAGGAUUUGAAACUGUUUAAUAAAAAGUUAUGAACAUGGACAACCAUCAGCUGUAUAAUGGAAUGAUGACAAUGAAAAUUUGUGCCAUACCAAGACUUGAACAUGGAUUUCCCGCUUAUUGCAAGUGAUCGUCAUACCAUUUGGCUAUCUGCCAUAUGUUGUCAGCCGGAGACAUUUUACUUUAAAGGUGGGUAAAUAUGAUAUUGCAGUGCCUGUAAUAUUCGAAAGCAUGAUGCAAUGUUCCUUUGAGUCCCAGUCCGGCCAAAUUCUCAGAAGCAACAUUCCAUUAUAUAGCUGAUGGUUGUCAGAAUUCGCAACUGCAAUUACAUUUCCUAUAUUUCAUAAUGGAUGUAGUUGCUGCAGUGCUGUUCCUUCGGAAUUCAUGCAUGAUGAACAUUGCAUCGUAAUCUGGAAUGACACAGGCACUGCAGUAUUGUGUGACCUACCUUUUGUUUUCAAGACAAGAUUGAAGAGUUGCCAGAACAAUAUGUCCAGUACCAUAAUCCUUUAGCUUACUAGACAGUACUUGUAUGAUUUACAGUCAAAUGCUUUGCUGAGCUCAUAGUGUGUCACUGUCCCUCUUUCUCUGUCUUCAAAUCCCUGCCUCAUUUUUGUAAUUAAGUCCAGUGCUACUGUAACCGUCAACUUUCCUUUGCAAAAACUGUUCUGCAUGUCCCCGAAGAGUUCACUGUCUUCAAAGUAGCCUAUUACCUGGUAUUUCAUUACAGACUCUAUAACUUUAGCUAAAACAGGAAUUAUGAAACUGGGCCAAAAACUGGACACUUCACAUGGUCACCUAUUUAGAGACACUGCAACAAUUUCUUAUUCUGAUGACUUCCAUUAUUGCAAAUGUGGUUUCAUCUACUAUUGAAUUACAAAGAAAAUUAGUUGAAACUCAGACGUUAUUUCUUCACAUACAUCUACUCUCUCACAUACAAACACUUCAGACUAUGCAUUUGUUACUAAUACUGUAUACAAC